AUGAACCAUAUAUACUCAGCGGGCAAGAUUCUGUCGUACACCGUCCGGACCGUGGCCGCGUUGCACGUGAUCUCGUCGCACCUGGUCGAGGUGAGCGACACCACGGGCGAGAGCAUGCUGCCCACGCUGGCCGUGGUCAACGACAGCGCCGUGGUGGACAAACGGUACAAGUUUGGCCGCAACAUCGAGAUGGGCGACUUGAUUGUGGCCCGCAAACCUACCGACCCGGCCAGCUUGGUCACCAAGCGGGUGACAGGCAUGCCGGGCGACAUCAUUUUAAUCGACCCGUCGAAAAACUCGCUGGCCAGAGCGGGCAACGGCAGAUCAGACCUGCGCGAGAUCUACCCGUCCGACUCGUCCAACUACGACAACUACGUGAUCGUGCCCGAGGGCCACGUGUGGGUCACGGGCGACAACCUGAACGCGUCGCUCGACUCGCGAACGUACUCGGUCGUGCCCCUGGCCAUGAUCGAGGGGAAACUCACUUAUGCUUGGUACUUGACCGGGUUCCUGUCUAUGUUGACGAGCGUGCCGCGCAGGAUCGCAAACACGUUUGUGGAGGAGUGA